UCUGACGCUCGUGACAGUGUUAAAACGUGUGUUUCGAGGCUGCCGUCCCCAUGCCCAGAUCAAGGCAGCCAAUCCAAGCCUUCAGUUUCUGUACCACGUGAUUUUGAAACGCGGAAAAACACCUAAGACCUUUGGUUCCAGUCUCGGAGCGGAGGUUCGGCGAUGAUGAGGCGGGCCGUGGUGCACGUGUCCGUGGGCUUCCUGCUGUGUGUCGGCCUGGUGAACACAGGCCUGUUCGCGGACGUUGACGUGGACCUGAGUUCCGAGCACUACGCGGAGAGGCACGUCGACGGUCUGCCCGCGUUCUUGGCGAUGCCCUGUAACUGCGUGGUCAAUGUGGGUUAUGUGUGCGUGGGGUUGUACUGGCUGCUGUGGCGCGGGGACGACGCUGAGUCGGAGCGCGCCCGCUACAUGAGGCACGUGUUCGCCCUCAUGGCCGUCUUUUACGGCCCCGUACAGUGGACGCGCCUGGCCAUGCUGCGGCGCGCUCCAGCCGUUCUCGACCAGUGGCUGACUUUACCGAUCUUCGCGUGGGUGCCGGUGUGGAUCGACUUUAUGGAGAGGCGGACCGAAUGGCGCGCGUCGCACGCGGCGACGCUCGAGCUCGGCUCCGUUCUCAGCUACGGACUGGCGAUCGCACACCGACGCGGCUUCGACACGGCGCUCGCAGGUCACGUGCUCUUUGCGGUAUACAAAGGGGUUGGCGUGCAGCGGACGCACGGAGAUGUGCGCACGCGCAGACACCUCGUGCUGGCUUUGCUGUCGUGUGCAGGCUUCGUGCUCCUGAAGCUGCUGGAUCACCACCUGGCUCAGUACCGCCUGUUUCAGCGCUUCACCGGACACUUCUGGUCCAAAGUGUGCGACGUGCUGCAGUUCCACUUCAGCUUCUGCUUCCUGACCAGGCUGACGAGCAGAGCGCGGGCCAAGACUGAGCCGCAGCAGCAGUGACAGACACGCAGCAUCCACGCAGCAUCCUCCAGCUGGGAGUUCAUUCUGUCUCAUUCCACACAAGACCACAUCUUCAUCUCAGCAUAACUCUAGAUUCAGUUCAGCUUCAAUACUUUCGUUUCACAUAAAUAUUGAUUCUCCCUGAGCUACAGUAGCAGCUGCAGCAUUCGAUGUGCCCCAGCCACUUGGCUCUAGCUCCAAUCAGCUGUAUCUAAUAAUAGAAAAAUGAGCAGAAUGAUGCCAGUGGGAGGACAGAACAAAGAAAACCGCUGCUCUCAGGAAAAGGACCACUAGGAUAGUCCCCCCAAACUUUUGUGGACUCUUGAGACCAAAGCUGACCACUGCAGUGUAACUGAAAUAAACAUGUGACAUUAAGCUUCACCACCCCUUAGGGCUGCUCUGCUGGAGGAGGGGUGAAGGAUUCCUGCUCACAUACAAUGUUCAGUGGUGCACAUGUGCAAUCAGUUAAAAUAAAGAAAAGUAUACAUGUCUGUGUGUUGUUUAGUCUGACUGUGACUUACAGCCCCUUUUCCAUUAGUACCUACUCAGAUCGACUCGGCAUGGUUCGGCUCAGUUUUUUGGUUAUUUAGGAAGAGGCGAAAGUUUUGGGACGGCGGCGAGAGAGAGCGAUAUCGACAGCAACUUUUGAGUUGUGAGAGAUUUGUGACGUUUAGCAUGUAGUUAGUGUGUAGUGUAGUCAUGUGUUUUGUGUGUCAAAACAAUGAGGAAAGCCACCAAAGGCAGACUGCAGUGUAAACACUGUCUCCAGGUGGAAAACAGGAUGUGAUACAGCAGGUUCACUCCUGUAGUGUUCUCCUCUGUCUUGCGGCGGACAAACUAUUUUUUGCACUGGCACAAAUAAUUUGUGGGGCAUCUUGUUGUGACAACUAAUUGUUCUCUAAUUUUAGUGUUAGUAGUAUUUUUAAAUAGCUGUACAAAAAAA